UCUGUUAUUUGCAUUGUAUCCGUGUCCUUUGGGAUUAGUCAAAAUGUUGCGGCUACCUGAAGGCGUGUAUCAGGCGUUCUUCAAGCGCUCAACUGUGUACAUCCCCAUGCUUUGCAUUGGGGCUUAUUUCUCGAAUGAGGCAAUUGACUAUGUUGUUGACAAAGUUUGGACGACGCGGAAUAAGGGGAAACUCUUCGCUGAUAUCAUCGCUGAGCGCAGCUGAGCGGCUUGUGGGGGCUUUGCUUUGCCGGCCUGUCUCGGAAGGCUGUGGGACGGCGUCCUUUAAACGAAUAUGAGAGAGAAUGUAUUCAGGGUUACAUUGUGUUAGGGUUUUAGUCUACAGUAUCACCGGCCAACGUGCCAGCAAAUGGGGAAUGGGUUUCAUGAGGCACGACACGCUGUAUGAGACGUGUGGGGUAUCUUCCUUCCCAGCUCUGUAAACGAUAUCGGUUUUG